GCAGUAGCUCAGGAUACUCUUCUCAGUCACAAAAAAAGCGGCUGUUGGCGAAGGUGCAGUCCGAAUGCAACAUGGUGAACGUUGCGACGAAACCGGAACCCGGUGUCGAGUAUCUUGCUCCACAUCCGUGUCACGCGCCAGCUUGCAAAGAACCACCGACCUAUCAGGAUGACGUCUAUGACAUGCAUGACCACUUCUUGCAGUAUGUGACCACGAGUAGUGCGCAUCCUCAUCUCCAAGAGCAGCAUAUCGUGUAUACGACUGGCACGGACAAACGAGUAUCCUGGCCCGGAAAGCGUGCUGAAUACAAGCAUGAAUAUGUUCAACCACCGGCUGCACAUUCUCGAGACCAUCAAAAGUGGGUAGUAGCCAAUCCUGUGCAUCAAUAUAGGCAGAGCCAAGUAGUAGGUACGGCAGCCCAUCCGGGUCAUACCCACAGUCAUCACGGGCAUCCGGCUCAUCUGAGUCCAGGCGGCAGUGGCGGUGGCAGAAGUCCCGCCGGUGGGCCUGUGAUAGGAAGUGCCCAGCAUUUGGGACAACCUCUCUAUCAAGAAUACGCUCACGUUCGCUCGAGAGCUCAUGCGGUGCCGCCUCCUGUGUACGUUACCGCCGCGCCCUCGCAGGCUGCUACUGCUAUUCAGCAGCAACAAGUGCCCACCUAUCAGGGAUUCACACCCGGCUCGUCUCCAUUAACGUUGUAUGAUUCUAGUCGAGCGUUGCCACCGCCAGCUCAUCACAGCUCGGCCAGACCAUUACUGGCAAGUCACGCAGCACAUCCGUUGCCUGCGCAUAUGCAGCCUACAGCUGUUUAUGGAUUGGCCCCGCUAUCGCCAGCCAAACAUCAAUAUCAACCUUCCGGUUUAUGGUUCACCGAAUAAAUUAUUUGGUAUCGAGUCGUGGAUAAGAAUCGUACGAGCGAACGUAAUAAGUAAUCGCACGAAUUUUCUGGGAACUUACGAGCCGCUUGUGCCAAUCAGCGAAUGCGUAAUCGAUUAAAUAUAACGGAGAAAAAGGUAUGUCGUGCACAUUUUUCACAUUUUUGUGCACUUGGCCAGUAAGUGGAACGGGGUGGGAGCGUCCGAACUGUUGCAAUUUGUGAAUACGAAUCGAUAUUGUGCAUACACUUAUACAGGAAUUUACGAUCGAGCAAGUUUGCCGAAUGAAAAGCAGCAGAGAGCAGUAGAGAUGUGUUUAAAGAUAAAAUUUUUGACAAUCCGUCCUAUAUAUAUAUAUAUAUAUACAUAUACAUAUAUAUAAGCAGCGACCACUCCCUUCCGACCCCCGCUCUCUCAUAGGAAGCGAAACGCUAAGAGAUCAAUGUAAUUAGAUCUCUUUAUAUAUGUUUGUUACGCCUCUUAUGUGUUUGAAACAAUCCAAUCGCGUCUCAUUGCGACAAUUUCAUAAGGAGAUUAGAAAAGAAAAGGAUUAUCAUCUUUGGACAAGCGAUUUUAUGUAAACAAAAAUCUCAUUACAAUUUUUCUUUUCUUUUUCUUUGUUCAAUUCAAAGAGACAUAUAUUUCGGCGUAUGCGGCAUGCUGUAUAAAUUUCGUAAGUUUCCAGAGAUGCCGAAGUUUUAUUACGAAAGGUAAGGUUUAUAAGGACAUUGUGUGUACAGACCAAAAUUUUCUAUCGAGAUGCCCGGAUCUAUUUAACGCUCACAUGUGCAUAGUUUCUCUCUCUAUUGUAAAUAUAUAUAUAUAUACAUAUAUAGAACUGGCAUGUAACUUAAAUAGAUUUGGAACAUCAAUAUUGAUGAUAGAAAUAUGCACGUGGAAUGGUAUUGCCGAGUCACGUGUAAAACUGUCAAACAAAUACCGUUCAUAUGCGAUUUAUAUUUGCGAUUUAAUUUAAAGUACGAAUGAGUAUGCAUUUCUUUACGAUAUGUCAAAAAAAUGUCGCGCGCGCGAGUAUCUUAUUUUUAAUCUCCCUUAACAGAAUCAUUUUAACGAACUUUAUAUUUCUUUCGAUCGUUGCAAUAGCGAUCGCGAUUUUGUUGUUCGUGGGAUUUUUGAUUGUAUUAAGAAUUUCGCUAUGGGAUAUAGUGUGCUAUAAUCUUUUAUGAUAUUUUAUUCAUAACGGAUACUCAAGACUAACGAGAUAAUCACAUUAUUUUUCAUAGUUUGCAGCGUGUUACUCACAAAGUAUACGUUAACAUGUACAUAUAUUAUUUAGUUAUACUAAAUAUUCGAAAUUUCAGGUAGAUAUAGAUUCGAGUAUAUAGAAAAUUAUUCGGGUUGUCGUAAGUAUAGUCGUAUGAGGAGUACUCGUCAAAAAAAUAAUACACAAGAAAUUUAGAAUCAAGCCACGAAUCUAUUAAGAUGAUUGCACGACAUCCGAAUUGACGAAAGCUUUGACGUGCCUUUUUUGGAACAGUCCUAUUAUUUAUUUUAUUUUUAUGUUAUUAUUUUCAAUCAUUUUUUCCAUCGUCACCGUCAUUUUCAUCGCUAUAGUUUCAUUAUCAUUCCCAUUAUCGUUGCUACAUCAUUGUUCUCAUGCCUAAUAUUUUGUUAUAAAUCUAAAUUGUAUAAAUAGUAUGUUACGGGCAAUCUGCCUUAAGUUUAUGGUCUAAAAAGCGAAAUAGAGUGACCACAGUUUUGAAGGAUUCAUGAAUUGUAUAUAGGUUUAAUGAUUUCUCGUUAAUAUUUCUUUUUCCAAUAAUCCUUUGCAUUUUGGUGGAGGCUGUAUUAAAAAAAAAAAAAAAAUGUACGCAUCAAGUACAUAGCACAAGUCAGUGAGAAGCAGAAAAAGGAAUGAUAUUUGGAGAAAGCGUUUCUGUUUUCGGAGUAGAGCCGAGAAAUUUUUUUCGAAUGUUGUGAAGGAGAGAGAAAGGCAGUAACACAUCCUAUAUAAAAGAGAAAUGCCAAACAGCAAUAAAAUAUAAUAAUGGGUCUUAUAUUAAAGAAUUUCUCGCGGAUAUCACAAAUCGUAUAUUACAUACAUUUCCGCGUACAUAGAUUUUUUUUUUCAAUAAUAAUAAUGUUUAGAGAGAGAGAGAGAGAAAAGGAGAGAAAAGUUCUCUUUUAGAAAUAGAGUUUUCAUGAAACUAGUUUUCACAAUUCCGUUCUUCUCAUCGAAUCACGUUCUUCCUCGUUGCAUUUUCUACGUCAGUAUCUAAACUAAAGUCAGUUUCUUACAUUAAUGAGAGAGAGAGAGAGAGAGAGAGAGAGAGAGAGAGAGAAAGAUUUUCAUUUUACUUCUAGAAAAUAGAUAUCAUCAUUCUCAGGCGGUAUUGUAGACGCGAUACGCAUACAUGGUUUUUUAGAUAUCAGCGUCAUUUUACGCAACUGCUAAUACAUGUAUUUCGUGAUUUUAUGGAAUAACGCUUAGACAUUGUUUUGCUCUAAUUCUAUUAAUAAAUGUAUAGAAAGUUGUAACGCGAUAAUAUUUGACAUAUAUGGAAUUAAUUGCGGUAUGUUGUUUAGAGUGAUUCACGUCCAGAGUUUAAUUAGAAAUAUUUUACACGUAGAGUGAGAGAGGGAGAAAGAGAGAGAAUGAAAGAGAGUAAGAAAGGGAGAAAGAGAAAAGAGGAGAAAAUUACAGAAUAUAUAUAUAUAAAUGAAGAUAUAUAUAUAUAAGUGUAGUGUAGGGUGUAAUGGAGUUUUAAACACAUGUUACCGGUAUCAUGAGAAGAGAACCCUUUACGUGAUACAAUAAGUAAGCAACAAACGAUAUAUACAGCUGCAAUUUAACUAUAUUUAACUUAUAGAGCAGGGCCGUUACGGCUAUCGGGUCCAUGAUAGCCUCGCAAAUCUCUCGAGUGCCUUUAUAUCGAGAGGCAUCAGAUGAAUCGAUGUAAAUCUGUAACGAUGUCGGACUUGUUUCGGCAAAAGAGCGACGUCUAUAGACUUCUUCGUUUCUCUUCUUGCUCUUCUUUGUUUCUACAAUUACGCAGUUUAUCCCUCCUUGUCUUAAGGCAAGCGAUUUGCCCGAUAUCCUUUUUCGUAUACGCAUCGAUACGUUUACACAUUGUACGAAAAAAAAAAAAAAAA